AUGGAGGUGCCUCUAUCAAUGAACCUCCAAAAGAUUCCAAUCUUACCCCAACAGAGCCCAGCCCAAGACUCAAAACACUGGAAUUCAAUCAUCAAACAACAAUGCAAGCAGAAAAAUGACCACGCAAUACUCACUACGUAUACCCAAAUGGAAUCUCUGGGCAUUUCGCCUGAUAACACCACAUUGCCUCUCAUUCUCAAGGCUUGUGGCCGUUUACAAGCCAUUGAAAGAGGCAAGAAAUUACACAAUUAUAUUUUAAACACUAAUUUGAUUAAUGAUGUCCGAGUAUGGACCGGUCUUAUUGAUUUUUACUGCAAAUGUGGGUGUAUCGAAGAUGGCCAUCGCGUGUUUGAUGAAAUGGGUGAUAGAGAUGUUGUUGCAUGGAAUGCUAUGAUUUCUGGGUGUGUGGGGUGUUUGAAAUAUGAGAAAGCGAUAUUGUUGGUUAGGGAGAUGAUAAGGGAGAAUUUGAAACCCAAUUCGGUUACCAUUGUGGCAUUACUUGUGGCGUCUGGGGAGCUUUUGGAAUGGAGACUUGGAAAGGAGAUACAUGGGUACUGUUUGCGCAAUGGAAUUUUGCAUUUGAAUGCCCAUGUGGGUACUUCUUUGAUUGGGUUUUAUUUGAGAUUUGAUGUGAGCAUUGCAUGUCUUGUAUUUCAGUUAAUGGUUUUAAAGAACACUGUGAGCUGGAACGCAAUGAUUACUGGGUAUUUUAAUGUGGGGGAUAACUUGAAAGCUUUGGAGCUUUUUGUUUGCAUGCUCAUGGAUGGUGUUAAGUGCGACUCUGUCUCAAUGUUGGUUGCUAUACAGGCCUGUGCAGAGUUUGGGUCUCAUCAAUUGGGUAUGCAAAUCCAUCAAUUAUCUAUAAAAUGUGGUUUUAAGAAAGAUUUGUAUAUAGCAAAUGCGUUGAUUAAUAUGUAUAGUGAGACUGGAAGUUUAAAAUCUUCCCGUGAUCUAUUUCGGUCGAUCCCUAUCAGAGAUGUCGCUUUGUGGAAUUCUAUGAUAUCUGCUUAUGUUGAGAGCAGUUCUAAUGAAGAAGCAACUAGUAUGUUUAUUAAAAUGCGAUUAAAAGGCAUUGAAAACGAAAGAACUAUUGCUAUCAUGUUGCCUUUAUGUGAAGAAUUGGUCAUUGGUUUGAGAAAUGGCAAAAGCUUACAUGCUCAUGUAAUAAAAAGUGGGAUGGGGAGGAAUAUACAUAUUGGAACUCCAUUGUUGAGUAUGUAUGCAGAGCAAAAUCGUAUUGAAGAUGCCUUAAAAGUUUUUGAGGAGAUCGGAAAUGCAGAUGUAAUCUCAUGGAACACUUCAAUCUUGGCAUUGGCCCGAAAUAAAUUGAGGUGUCAAGCAUGGGAACUCUUUGGGCACAUGCAAAAAUCAGAAGUUGAACCUAACUCUCAUACAAUAGUGUCUAUUCUCACUGCUUGUGCAGGUGAAGAUUUUCUAAAUAUUGGCAGGUCCAUCCAUGGUUAUGUGAUAAAGUACCCAAUUGAAAUUGACCUGGCACUGAACACUGCACUCAUGGAAAUGUUUAUGAACUGUGGCGAUGAGCCAACAGCUAGAAAGUUAUUUGAAGGGUUUCAUGAAAGAGAUUUGAUCUCAUGGAAUUCUUUGAUUUCCAGUUACGUUAGCAACAAUCGAGCUGACAAAGUUCUGUUGCUGUUUCGCCGAAUGAUCUCAGAAAUGGAGCCAAACUCGGUGACAAUCGUUAAUGUCCUCUCAUCCUGCACCCAUCUAGCUUAUCUUCCGCAAGGCAAAUGCCUACACGCAUAUGCAACUCAGAGGGAGUCUUUAUUUGGUUUUGAUUUGUCUCUUGCAAAUGCUUUUAUAACUAUGUAUGCAAGAUGUGGUCAUAUGCGCAAUGCUGAAACAAUCUUUAAAACCUUGCCAAAGAGGAAUAUUGUCUCAUGGAACGCCAUGAUAGCUGGCUACGGCAUGCAUGGGCGAGGGUGUGAUGCUAUGCUUACCUUCUCACAAAUGUUAGAAGCUGGUUUUACACCAAAUGGAAUAACUUUUGUAUCAGCUUUAUCUGCUUGCAGCCAUUCUGGUUUGAUAGAAAAGGGCUUGCAGCUUUUCCACUCCAUGGUUCAGGAUUUCUACAUAAACCCUGAGCUUGUUCACUAUGGUUGCAUGGUUGAUCUGCUUGGACGUGGAGGGCGCUUAGAUGAAGCCAGGCAGCUAAUCAAUUCAAUGCCCAUUGCACCAGAUGCAUCUAUUUGGAGAGCUCUGCUCAGUGCCUGUCGAGUGUAUUCAGAAACUAAAGUAGCCAAAAUCAUAUUUGCUAAGCUUGUUGAGCUAGAACCUACAAACGCAGGCAAUUAUGUUUUGCUGUCUAAUAUCUAUGCUGCUAAGGGUCUUUGGUCGGAGGUCAGAAAGUUGAGAACACUGCUUGCGGAGAAGGGUUUACGAAAACCACCAGGAAAAAGUUGGAUUGUUGUUAGAAGUGAAGUUCACUCUUUUACCGCCGGAGAUAGAUUGCACCCUCAGUGUGACAAAAUCUAUGCAAAAUUGAGUUAUUUGUUGUCUUUAAUUAAGGAAAGAGGAUAUGUUCCUGAUCUUCGUUGGGUUCUCCAUGAUGAAGAGGAUGAGGAGAAACUUAAGAGGCUCUUCAGCCACAGUGAAAAGCUUGCAGUUGCUUUUGGACUGAUCAAUGUGGCUGGUGGAUCCCCAAUCUUGAUAACCAAGAAUCUAAGGGUAUGUGGCGAUUGCCAUGAAUUUGGUAAACAUGUCUCUAAAUUGGUUAGGAGGGAAAUUGUUCUGAGGGAUGGAAGCCGUUUCCAUCAUUUUUUUAAUGGCCUCUGCUCCUGCAAGGAUUACUGGCAAGAUUUUGAACUUUGGAAAGGUAAGGAGGACCAAGGACAACCACCCGAUGACAAGGGUAGAAAGCGGUUGACAAAAAUCCUGGAAGGUUGCCCCCGUCUGUAA